AUGGAGACUUGCAAACCAGCCAUGAUUCGACAUUUGCCACGGUUCGUAACACACUGGAAAUACCUGUGCAAACUCACUUACUCGUCACUCUCCUUGUUCACAAUAGUGGAACAAUCACAACCCUGGGGACAUGUCGCUACGGAUGAUAGUGUCGUCAAUGACGCAACUCGGUUUACGAAGACAGUCAAAGACCCUGUACCUAUUAGAAAUGUUCCCGACUAG